AUGCCCAACAAGUUCUCCUUUGACGACUCAGCCUUCGACAGCUCGCCGCCGUCGACACCAGGCCAGACCCCUCAGAAGAACUCACACUACCCAUUUGGCGAUAAUCCAUCAACCACGCCGGCCGGGCCCCCACCGUCCUCAGCCGCCUCCUUCACCCCAGCAGGCGCGCCAUCCGAAUCCUACCUCGGAAGCUCCUUGUUACAGGGCGUCACCGCACAGAAACCUUUCAGCUUUGGUGGCGCAAGCUCAAAUGGCGCCAGGCAAAACCUUUUCGGAAGAAGCGACUCUGCUUCUCAGCAACCUCUUGGCCGAUCCAUCAUCCAGAGCGCCAAGCCAUCGACGAGGCAGCCGUCGGCACUGAGCAGGGAAUACGGCACCGGCAACAGCCAAGCCAGCCACGACAACCGCACGGGCAGGUACACGCUACCGGAGUCUUCCGAAGACGAGGAGGACGAUGGGGAGGACGAAUACGAUGAGCGCGACGCCGUCGACGCGGAAAUGGAGCGAUACCUUGAGGCCGACAUCGAUCAGGAUGACAUUGCCGCGGAACCGGGCGUCGAGGAUAUCGAAGAUGACGACGACAUUUUUCUCAACAUGCAACACAGCGACCGCGACGACCAAGAACUCGACUACUCGGACGAAGGUGAAGGUGGCCUCGGCGCCGAGGACUCGGAUCUCCUGCUCCUGGCCACACCCGCCGCGACGGAGCGCAUGCGCAGAGAGGCCGAGGAUAUUUUCCGUGCUUCGUCUAUGCGCCGCUCGUCAGCUGGGAGGCGGAAAGACUUUAAGUUCUCCGCCAUCGCGAAGGAUCUGUACAAGGGACUGGGCAUGACUGUCAUCACAGAAUCGCCCGAGGUCGUUCUGAAGACGGAGGACCUGAUCAAUCAGCUUUACAACGAGGGUAUCGGUGCGCAAGAGGACCCCGAGCAGCUCGACAUUUCGCUAUCGACCAUCGUCUACCCGUUGGUGGAGCUCUGGGACGACUUUGCCCAAAGCCUGCCUAUGCUGGAGGGAGAACACAUUGCCGAGAUUGGCCCCGGCCCCGACAGUGAGCCUUUCCAGAAGGCCGCCUACGUCGCUCGUCUGGUUCUCCAGAUGCACCACACCCGCUUCGCAAAGCAGGGCUCCGCCGAAACCGAGGUGCCCCCGCUCCCUGACGUUCUUUUCCGAUGGAUCGAGGAAAACCACAAUUUAUACCCCGAGCAAUACGAAAUCGUGCUGAACCACAGGCCGAGCCCGGCGAGCCACAGCCUCUUCUGGCCAACGCUGCGAGGCGCGCUCAUUCGCGGCAGUGUCGACCUUGCCUCCAAACUGUUGAGGAAUGCUGGAUGGGAGUCUGUUAAGAAGGGACCUAGAGCUGAUUACGCUUACUCCGGCAAAGCUCUCGAAAACUUGCAACGCGCAGUUGGCAUUGCCUGCGAGGCACUCGACAUGUGUCCAGCGAACAAGGGCAACUGGGAUAUUUUUAGCAGCGAUUGGACACUGUAUCGCAUUCAGGCCAAGGGCUCCCUCGACAAGCUACAGCGCUUUGCGGAGGGCAAGGAGAAGAACCUUUUCGCCGGCGGAAACGAUAACGGGAACGGAGGUGCGUCUCUGGCUGGCCUGGUGAGGAAGGCAGAGGGCCAGGUUCCUUGGGACAUCUACGAACACCUCCAGUCCAUCUACCAGAUCAUUCUGGGAACGCCGGAAGCUAUCUUGGACACGGCACAGGACUGGUGCGAAGCCACGAUUGGCCUGUUUGGGUGGUGGGAGGAAGGCCGGGGUCAACAGAAGAGCCUGCGUAUGUCUCGCUCCCAGGGACUGCGGAUGCAGGGUAGCUCUUCGAGCCCGGAGGGCUACUUUGAGCGCCUCUCCCUUACCUUCCACACGGCAGUCGAGUCGGGCUUCCAUUUCAACUCCAUGAACCCUGUGGAGGUUGCCAUCGCUUCUGCUUUUGAAUCGGAUUUCGCGGCUGUCAUCGGGAUCCUUCGAGCAUGGUCUCUGCCCAUCGCCUCUUCGGUCGCAGAACUCGCGUCUCUCGGCCAAUGGCUACCCAAGCCCGAGCAACCCAACCUGAUCACAAUGGAGAGCCUGGAUAUGGAGGACCUGGACAUUUUGGGAGUCUCGCCUCAGACGGCGGAUGAGGUUGAGGGUAUCAAAGACACGACACUUACGCACUACGCGCGCGAACUGGCUGGCAUCGACCAGCUUUCCGAAGACCGAAGCGGCUGGGAAAUGGCGAUCCAAGUGCUCGGACGUAUGGAUUCGGCCACGAAAUCCGAGGAGAUGGUUGGAGAGCUGCUUCGCGACAUCCUGGCGCAGCUGGACUCGGAUUCUGGCGCCACCGUCGAUAAGGUAUGGAGGAUUUUGAACGAUCUCGGCAUGAUCACCUAUGCCGAAGAGACAGCAGAGACGUACGCGGAGAUCCUCGCAAAGGACUCGCACAGAUAUGGAGAGGCUCUCUGGUACUACGCUCUGGCCCACCGGCCAGGCAAAGUACGCGAAGUGCUCAACCUCCUCAUGUCCUACUCUCUUCUUCACUCCACAGUGUAUCCUCCCGCCAACGACUUGGACGAUCACCUUUACCGACUGCUCAACGAGCGUAGUCAGACGCUUGAGAAGUAUGCCAAACAGGACCUUGAGGCGGCGAACCUCCUCGGCCGGAUGCUCAGCGGAUACGCGACUCUCCGAAAGUUCUAUGACAUCCGCGACACCGAAGGACUGGCAAACAUGUCACGAUACAAGUCCGCCUCGCUUCGCAAGCAAGCUGCUUCGGCGCUUGUGGCCGUCAUUGCUAGCUCCGACGACAACAUCCGCGGCGGUCUUUACGACGAGACGCGCGAUGCGGUCGUCAGCGAGGACUUCAUCCUCGCGCUCCUCGGCGAGGCUCUUCCGUUCGUCAACCAGGAGCCUUCCGUCAUCACUCUCGACCAGAUGGACACACUGCUCAAGGCCAUCGAGGAUAUCGAGACGGUCAAUUCCACCAUCUUCAACGCGACGGAUGAGUUCUUCAAGCUCGUCUUGGCCUCGACGCCGGGACUGAAGGGUUCUACGCCGGCAGACUUGAUGCGUAAGAGCACCGGCUCUCUCGGCGGAAGCAGCUACAUGCUUAGCGGCAGCUCUCUGCUGGCCAGCCAGCUCCACCGCUCCAUCGGUGGCAGUGGCAGCGGCAGCGGCGGUGGUCUCUCUCUCGCCAAGACAAAGCGCGGCUGGGACUGGCGAACGGGGCUCACUGCUGGCACGUCGGCCGGGGACGUGCUUCGCAUGCUUCGGCUGGGUCUUUCGAGGGACCUGGCAACGUUGUGGUUGGCCGAUGCGGACAACACGCCCGAGUACUAG